AUGGGUCAUUCAGUACCACCGCUCAAUGACAAGUCUCUCUUGAAGAGCCAGACAUAUGUCAACGGAGAAUGGAUAGAUGCAAAGUCGGGCAAAACUUUCGAGGUCCAUGAUCCGGCAACGGGCAAGCUCAUUGGCACCAUGCCCGAGAUGGACCGCGCCGACACCGAAGCCGCCAUCUCAGCAGCAUCUGCCGCACUCCCUUCCUUCCGCAAACUUACCGGCCGCGAGCGCUCGCGCAUGCUGCGAAAAUGGUAUCAAUUGAUGAUGGAUAACGCGGAGGACCUGGCAAAGCUUAUAACGUGGGAGAAUGGAAAGCCCAUGGCAGAUGCUAAGGGCGAGGUCAACUACGCUGCGAGUUUCUACGAGUGGUUCGCAGAAGAGGCGCCACGCAUGUAUGGAGCCACCAUCCCAGCCUCGGUUGCUGGUAAUCGCGUGUUCACUAUCAAAGAGCCCGUCGGUGUUGUGGGAUUGAUCACACCAUGGAACUUCCCAGCAGCUAUGAUCACACGAAAGAUUGGCCCAGCUCUGGCAGCUGGUUGCACUGUCGUUGCGAAGUCUCCUGGCGAGACACCUUUCACAGCAGCAGCUCUCGCCGAGCUUGCACACCGAGCAGGAAUCCCUAAGGGUGUCGUCAACUUCGUCACAGCACUCAAGAACACACCAGAAGUUGGCGAGACCAUCACAUCAAGCAAGACCGUCAAAAAGGUCUCAUUCACAGGAUCAACUGGCGUCGGAAAGCUUCUGAUGAAGCAGUCGUCGGACACGCUGAAGAAGCUUUCCUUUGAGCUUGGUGGAAACGCGCCUUUCAUCGUCUUCGAUGACGCCGACCUUGAGACAGCAGUAGCCGGAGCUAUCGCAUCCAAGUUCCGUUCCUCGGGCCAAACAUGUGUAUGUGCCAACAGGAUUUACGUCCAAUCAGGUAUCUACGAUGAGUUCUGCACCAAGUUCACCGAGAAGGUCAAGAGCUUCAAGGUCGGUGGUGGUUAUGAAGAAGGAAUCACGCACGGCCCACUGAUCCAUGACCGCGCUGUCUCCAAGGUGGAUGCUCACGUCCAGGAUGCCGUUAAGAACGGCGCAAAGGUCUUGUUCGGAGGACAAAAGCUACCCGAUCUUGGGGAGAACUUCUACCAACCGACAGUCCUCCGCGACAUGACCAAGGACAUGCAGCUCGCCAAAGACGAGACUUUUGGCCCUGUUGCUGGACUCUUCCCCUUCGACACCGAAGCCGAUGUCGUUAGCCUCGCCAAUGCGGCUGACGUGGGACUUGCAGGUUACUUCUUCAGCAAAGAUGUCCAGAGAGUUUAUAGGGUGGCUGAAGCCCUCGAAGUUGGUAUGGUUGGUGUCAACACCGGUCUUAUCUCGGAUGCAGCUGCACCUUUCGGAGGUGUCAAGGAGUCUGGAUUUGGACGAGAAGGAAGUCACUUGGGUAUUGAGGAAUAUGUUGUCACGAAGACGAUUACCAUGGGUGGAAAUGGCCAGCCUUUACAGGGCGAGAAGCUACUUCAGAGGCAAUGCCAAAAAACCUCGGAAACAACAGCACCACCGACAUCACCACAUCCGGAAUCCAGUGCUACCGAGAAAGAAGAGAUGCAACAACACCUAGAGAAAGCCGACGAGAGUUUUGUCUCGUUUAACAAAGAAGAAAGGCCGGAGCACGUUAUGUCUCAUCAGCAGGCAGACGAGACUGCAGCUUUGUACGAAGCCACAACUUUACGAGAGCCUGUAGCUGCACAAGAGAUAGAAGACGAUCAUGCAGUCCAAUCACCCAUAUCGGCAUACGAUGUUAUCAAUGAAGAGCCAGUACGAGUGGAGGUUGCCACCACAUCGAUUCCAGAUCUAAUGGCUUCCAAUGCACCACCAACACAAAUAGAGGCUACCACAACAUCGCGUUCAACCCCAGCACCUCCCAAUGCAAUUCCGGUAACCUCGAACCAACCAACCCAACUCCUUGAAGGCCAGAGAGGCAUCCGCCCUGGAGAACCGCUCACAAACAAGGAUACGGAAGUCCAUGCUGUAACGUCAGCGUCACCCCCAGAUCACACCUUGUCAACCUCUGCAUACACGGCAGAACGAAACUCUUUAAAACGCCAGCUUGUCGAAGACGAGAACGAAGAGCCAGGGGGCUAUAUUGAUGAAAGAUCAGCAAAACGCUUGCGAUCCACGGACAGCCGCAAAUCCAUCGUCAAUCGCAGUACACCAGUUCGUCGCUCAUAUCCCAGCACGUGGGACGGAUACGAAUGGGCGCUUGUCAAUGAGAAUAUGAGGCAUGGGCCGGAUCAAGCCUUGGAUCUUGAUUCUGAACAUAGGCCAGCUCCAUCGAUUGUUGACCUGUCUAUCAUGGAUCAGAAACCUAUCAUCAAGCAGGAGCCUGAUGAAUCAACGAUGAAUGCAACAGCUUCUUCCCAUUUAAUCACUCUGACACCAACUCUGCCUGUUUCAUCAACCAUACGCCAGCCAUCAACAGGACCAAUUGCAGCAACAGAGCAUGUUGAUCUUUUUUCUCUCUGCAUACCAUGCACUGUGCCCAAUGGGACUCCCCUUCCAGCGUCGGAAAACGAGCUCAGCCUUUUAGCAGAUAUACAGAGGAAGGCAAGAAGGAUAUUGAGUGGCGAAAAGGAUAGAGUUGACAUUCGAAGCCGUAUCCCAGCCUGGAUGCGCAAUGGUCUGUCGGAAGAGCAGAAAAAAGGCAUUGCUAAGAUACAGAAAAAAAUCAACAACAUGCAAAAGAAGAUCAGGGCUUCACAGUCGGAGGGAAAAGGUGGCAAAGUGAAAGCGAAAGGUGCCAAUACCGCCCCUACUAGGCCUACUCCAACACCUACCAGAUACACAUCUGCUUCGGUCGUGCACUUGCAGACAUUUCAUGCGGUCGCACCAACGCCAUCCCAAGCCCACCCUUUGGCACGUCAACAAACUCUUCUGCCCUUUGGUCUUGAACCUCUCGACUAUGGCGAUUUGUUCGGCCCGGCUUUAGUAAACAGUGCACUGGAACAGGUCAACGGCAUGCUCGAAAUGUUCGGGGUCAACGUAAGAUGUUCUCUUUCCGGCCUCGACUUGAUAAACUUACAAAAGAGCACCGGAAGAGUACAAAACCCACCUCCGCCGGGCUGCGCGUCCCUUUCACUUGCGAAGCAACCUUAUCUCAAACUGGUUGGUCCAUCUCUGGUACAUUACGCGCUAGAGGAGAUAAACGAGAUGAUGAGAUCUUUUGGGCUUCUUCAGCAAUUCGCCUUGUGUUGGAAAGACCUGCGACAGGUGCAGCAUUAG